AUGUAUGCUGAAAAUUUCAGAUGCAAGACAAAAGUCUACCCUGAUGAACUCCCAAACACAAGCGUAGUCAUUGUGUUCCAUAACGAAGCCUGGAGCACUCUUCUUAGAACUGUUUACAGUGUUAUAAAUCGUUCUCCACACUAUCUGCUUUCUGAGGUCAUUUUGGUAGAUGAUGCCAGUGAAAGAGAUUUUCUCAAGCUGACAUUAGAGAACUACGUGAAAAACUUAGAAGUGCCAGUAAAAAUUAUUAGGAUGGAAGAGCGCUCUGGGCUAAUACGUGCCCGUCUUCGAGGAGCAGCUGCUUCAAAAGGGCAGGUCAUAACUUUUCUCGAUGCUCACUGCGAGUGCACCCUAGGAUGGCUGGAGCCCUUGCUGGCCAGAAUAAAGGAAGACAGGAAAACAGUUGUAUGCCCCAUCAUCGAUGUGAUUAGUGAUGAUACCUUUGAAUAUAUGGCUGGGUCAGAUAUGACUUAUGGGGGUUUUAACUGGAAACUGAAUUUCCGCUGGUAUCCUGUCCCUCAAAGAGAAAUGGACAGGAGAAAAGGAGACAGAACAUUACCUGUCAGAUUUUUAGAGAAACACUGGUUUAAAGGAAGUAAAUCAGUUUGGCUAGCAGUUGUGGAAGAAAUUUUGGUUGUGCAAGAAUCUAGAGGCAAGAAGACCCUAAUUUCCAGCACUGUAAUACCUUAUACAGUUAUUGCCACAGAGUUCCAAAACCCCUAUCAG